AUGGCGCAACAUUCCACCAUCGCACGGUCGGCCAUCAUGACGUCGGCCACCUCGCCAGAUCCUGCAGCCCUGGGUGAUCAGAGGAAUAUGAACCGACCCAACGGCAUCAGUUCGACCGGAACUAGUGUCGGCUCGGGAAAGGAUGGAGUUCUCAUGCCUCCGAAGACCGUGGUCGGGCGAGCGCUAGGGAAUGACCUGCAUUCCGAUGCCCACAAAAUAUCGCAGGCGCCCAAGGGCGGAGUCGGGACUGCGUUGACUGACACUCCGAUUUCUACCGCACCCCCGUCUCCACAGAUUACUGGUCGUACCCACCCGAGUACCCCCAGUCGUGUUCGUGCGACGACCCUUGAUAUUCCCGGCCUGACCAAGUCCAAGGUCUCCCCUGAUGGCCGGAUUGCCCAACGUGAUGUCGGUGCAAAGCUGGUUAUUGUCAUGGUCGGCCUCCCGGCCCGAGGCAAAAGUUACAUCACUAAGAAGCUGGCUCGAUAUUUGAACUGGCUUCAGCAUGAUACCGAAAUCUUCAACGUAGGUGAACGACGUCGGGUGGCCGCAGGCAGGUCCCCUUCACCGGCCAAGUUUGCCCGUGGCCACGAAAAGAGUCCGCUCAAUGUUCACAAAGACCUUGUCGACUCCGUCCGCCGGCUCAGCGUCAGCGUCGGGACUAUGAACCAUAACGACUCCUCACCACCAGAGAAUGAGGCACCCCUUCCGCCUCCUGCUGUUCCCGCCAAGAUCCUCGUUAAUGGUCAGGAUCCCGAAGCCUCCAUCUCGCAAAACGGAAGUACCGUGGUACCGUCUAUCGAUGCUGGCCCUGCCCAGUCUAUCCAUGACGAGGAGGCUGUCAAGGAGGCUGUCAAGGAGGCUUCCCCAGAGCCCAUGGAUCAAAGCGCAACCUUUUUUGACCCCCAGAAUCAGCGUGCGGUCAAGUUGCGCGAGCAGGUAGCCCUUGACACCCUCGAUGAGCUGCUGGAGUACAUUUUGGAACGAGGGGGUAGUGUUGGCAUUCUUGAUGCGACUAAUAGCACCAUGGAGCGCCGCAAAGCCAUCGUCGACCACAUCCGUAGCCGUGCUGGUCCCGAGCUGGGAAUUCUCUUCCUGGAAAGCCGCUGUGUGGAUGAAGACCUGCUGGAGGCUAACAUGCGCCUGAAGCUUUCUGGGCCCGACUAUAAGGGCCAGGAUCCUGCAACCGCCCUUGAAGAUUUCAAGAAACGUGUUGCCUUGUACGAAAAGUCCUACGUCCCCUUGGGAGAUUACGAAGAAAAGCACAACAUGGCCUAUAUCCAAAUGAUUGAUGUCGGUCGCAAGAUCGUCUCUCAUCAGACCCACGGCUUCCUCUCUUCGCAAGUUGUCUACUAUCUGCUCAACUUCAACCUUUCACCGCGCCAGAUCUGGAUCACGCGGCAUGGUGAAAGUCUGGAUGAUCAAGCUGGUCGUAUUGGCGGUGAUUCUGAUCUCAGUGAGAAUGGCAAACGGUAUGCCAAAGCUCUGACUCGCUUUAUUGAUCACCAACGGCAACAAUGGGAGCUCUAUCAGCGCCAGAAGGAUCUGCUGAAGCAUUUCCCACCCCGGCCUGGUGACAGCACUCCUCCUAACCCAUCCUAUAUUCCCCGUGAUCGGCCGCGUAAUUUUUGUGUGUGGUCUUCGAUGAUGCAGCGUGCCGUCCAGACUGUCGAGCACUUCAAUGAGGACGACUAUGAUGUCAAGCAGAUGCGCAUGCUCGAUGAGCUUCACUCUGGACGGAUGGAGGGCAUGACCUACAAGGAAAUUCAAGAGCAGUAUCCCGAGGAAUAUGCUCAUCGCAAGAAGGACAAGCUGUUUUACAGAUACCCUGGGCCCGGUGGAGAAAGUUACCUGGACAUUAUCAACCGCCUUCGGACCGUCAUCGUUGAAGUGGAGCGCACCACCGACCAUGUCCUCCUGGCUAGCCAUCGUUCUACCGCCCGGGUCCUCCUCUCUUAUUUCCUCGGUAUGAAGCGGGAUGAGGUCGCCGAUUUGGAUGUCCCUAUGGGGAUGGUGUACAUGUUGGAACCCAAGCCUUAUGGAGUUGACUUCAAGGCAUACCGGUACAAUCCUGACAGCGACUGGUUCGACUACCUACCAAAUUACAAGCUUCAUCAGGUGGGUGCACAGAGGACAAACCCAUAA